AUGGCCAUCACAGUUCAAGUGAGUCUUAUCUCAAUACUCUUGCUUUGCAUUACAAUAGCACAGGGAAGAGAAACACUUCACACUAGCAAUCAAUUUUCAGCAUCGUCUCUAGUUAACAACGAUGACGGUAUCUGCAAAACUAUGGUAGAAACACAAGGUUACACAUGUGAAGAACAUAAGGUUACAACACAGGAUGGUUUCAUCCUGAGCUUGCAGAGACUACCCGCGAGGCCCACCUGUGCUAUUACAGCUGGUUUCUUUUGUGAUGCUGUAAUAUGA